AUGAAACGAAAGCAAAAGAUUCUCUUCUUCUUGACAGGUUUAUUGGUUGCCUUGUGUUUUCGUGUGGUGUAUCAUGGUACUUCGGCCUAUAUGAAUGAAAAGGAUUGGAUGAAUUUUCCAAAUUUGUUGGAUUAUAGAAUUGUAUUGUGGGUCUUUUCUGUGAUUGAGAAUGCCUUGUCUUUUGGUGCGAUUGUAACCAUUACGAUGAUUAUUGGUUUUCUACAAGACUUGUUUAUGACCACAGCAGCAGCUGCAGGGACCAUGACCAAAAAGGUUUACAUUUUCACAAGAGGAUCAAUCAUUGCCUUAAACAUGAUCACGAGUGGUAUCUUGUGCGUCCUCAUUAUUCUUAAUGCCAUUCUCAACUUGCUUGUGAAAAUAACUCUUCUCAACAAAACACUUGCCGUUCCGUUACAAAUUGUGCUCUUAUGCAUCUUCUUUAUUGUCAAUGUGACAAAUUUGAUUGUAUUUAUUGCUGUCAGCGCUCGAUUGCUUUUUAUUGUGAAAAAAACCUCCUCCAAUGUCUCUUCUGACACGACCAAGGAAAAGGUUUCAUUCAUGAAUCGACCAUUCACCAAAAUUUGUGGUCUCAUGUUAGGAAUGAUUUUGAGUGCCUUUAUUCAAAUCAUUGCUGCCAUUAUUUCAUUCUUAACAAGUACCUUUGCAGGUUAUUUACACAUUUUAGAUAAAAAACACACAAAUUAA